CAUCGUACCGACGUCUGCUCCUCUCGAGACUAGAACAGUAUGGAUACAACCGCUGAGUGGAGGCUACCGACUGUCGACACGCCGGACACAGAGCGGAACGAUCUGCUGCCUCGCUUUAGGCCGACAAGGCGACUGAUGACAGGCAAGGAGUUCGAGGAGAUUGCAAAUAGCGACCCACUUACUAUCCUCCCGUGGAUCCUCGUUCCCGAUGGGAUCGGCGACUUAGCACCACCUGUCAUGCAGUACGGGAUAGACAUCGUACCGGAGAUGCUCGUCGCGUACGCGGUUGAGCACGACAUCGUUGCUUACUACGACGAGUCCCCGACGUGUUCUGAGUUCGAGUUCGAUGAAGAUCAAGACGACGACGACGAGGAAGAUCAGGGCGAGCCUGAACAGGACGGCCAUGACAGGAUCAGCAGACAACCAGCACGAGCUGAGGGACCAAACGAGAAAGGCGAGGAGGCUGAAAAGGUCGACGCAGAGCAGGAAGAAGAGGACGAAGAAGACGAGGAGGAGGAGAAUAAGUUCCGCCCCCGUCCGAUGACCGACCGUCCGCGGAAGACACAGCCCGAGAUCGAUAGGAUUGAGAGCAUGCAGAACGCUCUGUACGCUUUGAUCAGGGAGAUGGGCCUCUGUAUCCCCUUGCGUCUGGUCAAGUUCGCUCUUGGUGUCCAGCGGCUCGCAGUGCGUGAUACGUCUAUGAUCGCGUCGUUCUACAGCAACUAUGACCUGAAGGCCAACGACCUGCCGAGGACGGAGGAUAUCGAGAAGUUGCGCACCGCGGUCGGAUCCCAACAUCCGCCAGGGUGGUACUUGGAUAGGAGCAACCUUACUUGGGAGCGUUACUACUGAUAUGUAGUCUGUUCACUACGUGUACAUGUCAGGAUACCAUGUUUCAUUGUUCCCAAGUACUAUGAUCUCACGCACUUCACAUUACGUCUUCUGCUCCGAUUGUCUUCUGUAUUUGUACCGAAUGAAGUGUGAUACAUGUCUGGAUGCCUUCCUAUCAACCAUAAUGUAAUGAGCAGCGUAGUGCAUGAACUGAGGGAGCAAAAUGUUCAUACCAUUUGACAGUAGUACCCGCACAAAUUACCCGGGCCAUCGUUGAGUAUGAUGUCCACGGUUUGAGAGAGGCAGAGCUU